AUGCAGAGUAAAAAUAUUCAUUGGCGUUGUUCAAACUUGGACUGCCAGGCAACUGCAAAAGCUGAAGAGAAAAAUGGCCAAUUUAUUGGCAGUUUAGGAGAAAAAGAGCAUAAUCAUCCUCCAGCAAUUCAAAAAAAAGUUUGUGAAGAGCUUAGAAAUAGAUUGAAGAAGGAUAAGAGACCAAUUCUGGGAGAAGUACGAGCAAAUAUCCCAGAUGAAGUUUACAUUGCUUUGGGUAGUGAUGAUGCUUUAAAUCAGCUUAUAAAGAGGCAAAAAAAGCAAAAGUUUGGGAACGUUAAUUGUGUGGAUCUUGGAAAAAUGGUCAUUCCAGCGUUUUUGACAGAAAAAUACAACUCAUCAACGUUGAUUUACGACAGUAGAGAUGAGCGUGGAAAUGAGGAUGUUGUUCUUGUCUUUAGCCAUGCAAGGUUGCUCGAUAUAUUAUCUCAAAAUAAGCAUUGGGCCUGUGAUGGCACCUUCAAAUCCGCCCCAAGGCCAUUUGCGCAAUGUUUUUGUAUUGGUGCUUUUGUACGAGGUCGCAUUGUUGUUUGUGUCCAAGCCCUUCUUCCAACAAAAAAGACAAUUCAUUAUCAGGAAGUAUUGAGAGAAGUAAGGCGUGCUAUUAAUGAAGCCGAAUAAUGAAGCUAAAUGAAGCCGAAUACGAUGAUAAUAGACAACUUCUGA